GCCUCACACCCGGACCCAUCCCUACAGUGGGUGUAGUGCGGCGCGCCGGCGCCAAGCUGUGUCGUCACCGUGAGGGCGGGACUUCCUCUCCCUGACCCUGCAGUUUCCGACGUCGUCCGGAAGUCGGUGCUGGUUGGAGUUGACCUGCUGCACACGGUGCCGCGUGCCGCCUAUGGCGGGGCCUGCUCCGACCACGGCCUUUGGGCAGGCGGUGAUCGGCCCGCCCGGCUCGGGGAAGACCACGUACUGCCUGGGCAUGAGUGAGUUCCUGCGCGCGCUGGGCCGGCCCGUGGCGGUGGUGAACCUGGACCCGGCCAACGAGGGACUGCCGUACGAGUGCGCCGUGGACGUGGGCGAGCUGGUGGGGCUGGGCGACGUGAUGGACGCCCUGCGGCUGGGGCCCAACGGCGGCCUGCUCUACUGCAUGGAGUACUUGGAGGCCAACCUAGACUGGCUGCGUGCCAAGCUUGACCCCCUCCGUGGCCAUUACUUCCUCUUCGACUGCCCAGGCCAAGUGGAGCUCUGCACACACCACGGUGCCCUGCGCAGCAUCUUCUCCCAGAUGGCACAGUGGGACCUCCGGCUGACUGCUGUCCACCUGGUGGAUUCUCACUACUGCACAGACCCGGCCAAGUUCAUUUCAGUUCUGUGUACCUCCCUGGCCACCAUGCUGCACGUAGAGCUGCCUCACGUCAACCUCCUCUCCAAGAUGGACCUCAUUGAGCACUACGGGAAGCUGGCCUUCAACCUGGAGUACUACACAGAGGUCCUGGACCUCUCGUACUUGCUCGACCACCUGGCUUCUGACCCUUUCUUCCGUCACUACCACCAGCUCAACGAGAAACUGGUGCAGCUCAUUGAAGACUACAGCCUGGUCUCCUUCAUUCCUCUCAAUAUCCAGGACAAGGAGAGUAUCCAGCGGGUCCUGCAGGCUGUGGAUAAAGCCAACGGCUACUGCUUUGGGGUCCAAGAACAGCGAAGCCUGGAGGCCAUGAUGUCUGCUGCAGUGGGAGCUGACUUCCAUUUCUCCUCCACCCUGGGCAUCCAGGAGAAGUACCUGGCCCCCCCAGACCAAUCAGUGGAGCAGGAAGCCAUGCAGCUGUAGCAACAACCUGGGCUCUGGAAAACAAGCCCUACCACCCAGCUGGGGAAAGCUGCGGCGCCCGGCAAGCAGCGGACAGCUCAGCAGGCUGCAAAUCCAUGAACGGGCCUCCCAGCCCUAGGUGGGAGGCUGGUGAGGGGACACCCAGCCUGCAAAGGACUGCUGACCAAAAGUCAGACGGCGCCAAGCAGAGCACCUGGCACACCCUCAGUGCUCAUGACCUCCGGGCACUGCCACCAGGAAUUCAGCACUGGCCCACUCAGGCUCUGGUGGAAUGUGCUACGAUACAAGAGUUUAUUUUCUACUUCGUGCGGCUCUCCAACUUUCUUCAACCAUCCAAGCUGCUGGGGUAGAACAAGGGCAUGUCACCUUGCCUCAGAAGAGUUGGUUUUUCACACAGGGCAGUGUAUCCCCCCACGCACGGGAUCAUACUAGAGGACUGACACUCAACCUCCAGUCGUGCACUUUUGUUACUCUUCAGUUUUCACAGUGGUCCUUAAGCUUGAGCUUUCACAGGCAACAUUUCCUAGCUAGAUCUUAACAUUUUCUUUUCAUUUUAUUUCAUGGUUUUGUUCUAUUUUUGGACCAGUGCUAACUAGUUUUCCAUUUAUAGUAGUGAUUAAAAGUUUACUUUAAAAAUGAA